ACCAAACAAAUUCACCACCGCUCCUCGACCUCCAUCCGCUCGAACCAAGGAGAGAGCGUCAGCCAUGUCCGGGCGCGGCAAGGGAGGCAAGGGGCUCGGCAAGGGCGGCGCCAAGCGCCACCGGAAGGUGCUGCGCGACAACAUCCAGGGCAUCACCAAGCCGGCCAUCAGGCGCCUGGCUCGCCGGGGCGGCGUGAAGCGCAUCUCGGGGCUCAUCUACGAGGAGACCCGCGGCGUGCUCAAGAUCUUCCUCGAGAACGUCAUCCGCGACGCCGUCACCUACACCGAGCACGCCCGCCGCAAGACCGUCACCGCCAUGGACGUCGUCUACGCCCUCAAGCGCCAGGGCCGCACCCUCUACGGCUUCGGCGGCUAGGCUGUCCCCCCCUGCAGAUCCCAAAAGCUUGAUAGAACAGCGGCUUGUUUAGUUCUCUAUUUGCUCCUGUAGUUCGAACUGAAUCGUGGAACAAAGCUAUUCGCAUGUGUUGCUGGAAAUGGAGCUUGUCUCGAGAAA